AUGAAUAAUAUCUUAAGAUCAACUACAUCAAGAUUAAUUCAAUUAAAUAAACAUUUAGCAACAUCAACUUAUAAAAUGGCACCAACUAAUUCUCAAGUUUUAAAAAAUUUCGAUUAUUUAGUAAUUGGAGGUGGAUCAGGUGGUGUUGCAUCAGCAAGAAGAGCAGCUAAAUAUGGAGCAAAAGUAUUACUUAUUGAAUCAAAUUUCAAUAAAUUAGGAGGAACUUGUGUUAAUGUAGGUUGUGUUCCAAAAAAAGUUAUGUGGUAUGCUUCUGAUUUAGCUCAUAAAAAGGGAGACUUAUAUCCUUAUAAAUUAGAUAAACAAGAAGAAAAAGUUAAAUAUGGAGAUUUUGAAUGGUCACAAUUUAAAGUUAAGAGAGAUAAUUAUGUUACAAGAUUAAAUGGAAUAUAUGAAAAUAAUUUAAAAAAGGAAAAAGUUGAUUAUGUUUUUGGAUUUGCUAAAUUUAUAAAUUCUCAAGGUGAUGUUGAAGUUACUUUAACUGGUGAUCAAAAACUCCCAUUUUUAGAAGAAUCAAAAGAAUACAAAAAGGGUGAAAAAUUAAUUUUUAGUGGUGAUAAAACUCUUAUAGCUACUGGUGGUACUGCUAUUAUACCACCAAAAAUCGAAGGGUCCGAAUUAGGUAUUACUUCCAAUGGAUUUUUUGAAUUAGAUUAUCAACCAAAAGAUGUUGCUAUAGUUGGAGCAGGUUAUAUUGGAGUUGAAUUUUCCGGAGUGUUCAAUGGGUUAGGUUCGAAUGUUCAUUUUAUUAUAAGAGGUGAUACUGUGUUACGUUCAUUUGAUGAAAUUAUUCAAAAUACUAUAACUGAUUAUUAUACUGAUAAAUUAGGUAUUAAUAUAAUAAAAGAAAGUGGAGGAGUUGUAAAAGUUGAAAAAGAUUCUGGAUCAAACAAAAAAUUAGUUACAUUAGGUAAUGGAGAAGUAUUAAAAGUUGAUGAAUUAAUCUGGACAGUUGGAAGAAAAUCAUUAGUUGAUAUUGGAUUAGAUAAAGUUGGUGUUAAAUUAAAUGAAAAGUCACAAAUUGAAACAAAUGAAUAUCAAACUACUGCAAACCCAAAAAUCUUUUCAAUUGGUGAUGUUAUUGGUCAUGUUGAAUUAACUCCAGUUGCUAUAGCAGCAGGUAGAAAAUUAUCUAACAGAUUAUUUGGAGGUGAACAAUACAAGAAUGAUAAAUUAGAUUAUAAUAAUAUCCCAUCAGCUGUUUUCUCACACCCAGAGGCUGGAUCUAUUGGUUUAUCAACAAAACAAGCUAUAGAAAAAUAUGGUAAAGAAAACAUCAAAAUAUAUAACUCAAAAUUCACUGCUAUGUAUUAUGCAAUGAUGGAUAAUGAUAAAGAUAAAUCACCAACAGUUUAUAGAAUUGUUUGUUUGGGACCUGAAGAAAAAGUUGUUGGAUUACAUUUAGUUGGUGAUUCAAGUGCUGAAAUUUUACAAGGAUUUGGUGUUGCUAUUAAAAUGGGUGCUACUAAAAAGGAUUUUGAUAAUUGUGUUGCUAUUCAUCCAACUUCUGCUGAAGAAUUGGUUACAAUGACUUAA